AGUUACAUUAACCUUCCUUACUUUAACCAUCCUGUGGGUUUAGUUACUUUAACCAUCCUGUGGGUUUAGUUACUUUAACCUUCUUUACUUUAACCAUCCUGUGGGUUUAGUUAUUUUAACCUCCCUUACUUUAACCAUCCUGUGGGUUUAGCUACUUUAACCUUCCUGUGGAUUUAGUUACUUUAACCUUCCUGUGGGUUUAGUUACUUUAACCUUCCUGUGGGUUUAGUUACUUUAACCUUCCUGUGGGUUUAGUUACUUGAACCUUUCUGUGGGUUUAGCUACUUGAACCUUUCUGUGGGUUUAGCUACUUGAACCUUCCUUGGGGUUUAGUUACUUUUUGACCCAUCCUGUGGGUUUAGUUGCUUUAACCAUCCUGUGGGUUUAGUUACUUUUUUACCAUCCUGCGGGUUUAGUUACUUUAACCAUCCUGUGGGUUUAGUUACUUUUUGAACCGUUACUGCUGGUUUAGUUACUUUUUGAACCUUUACUGUGGGUUUAGUUCCUUGUUGAAACUUUACUGUGGGUUUAGUUAGUUUUGAAGUUUUACAGUUUUUUUAGUUACUUUUUGAACCUUUACCCUGGGUUUAGUUACUUUUUAAACCUUUAUUUUGGGUUUAGUUACUUUUUAAACCUUUACUGUGGGUUUAGUUACUUUUUUAACGAUCCUGUCUGUUUAGUUACUUUUCAAACCAUUACUGUGGGUUUAGUUACUUUUUGAACCUUUACUGUGGGUUUAGUUACAUGUUUUACCUUUACUGUGGGUUUAGUUACUUUUUGAACCUUUACUGUCAGUUUAGUUACUUUUCUUACCUUUACUGUUUGUUUAGUUACUUUUUGAACCAUUACUGUGGGUUUAGUUACUUUUUGAAACUUCACAGUUGGUUUAUUUACAUUUUUUACCUUUACUGUGGGUUUAGUUACUUUUUCAAGUUUUACUGUGGAUUUAGUAACAUUUUUUACCUUUACAGUGGAUUUAGUUACUUUUUGAACCUUUACUGUGCAUUUAGGUUUUUUUAAACCUUUACUGUGGAUUUAGUUACAUUUUUACCUUUACUGUGGGUUUAGUUACUUUAUGAACAUUUACUGUGGGUUUAGUUUUUGAACCUUUACUGUGGAUUUAGUUACAUUUUUUACCUGUACUGUGGAUUUAGUAACUUUUUGAACUUAUACUGUGGGUUUAAUUACUUUUUGAACCUUUACUGUGGAUUUAGUUACUUUUUGAACCUUUACUGUGGGUUUAGUUAUUUUAGAACCUUUCCUGUGGAUUUAGUUACUUUGUGAACCUUUACUGUGGAUUUAGUUACUUUUUGAACCUUUACUGUGGGUUUAGUUACUUUAUGAACCUUUACUGUGGGUUUAGUUAGUUUUUGAACCUUUACUGUGGAUUUAGUUACAUUUUUUACCUGUACUGUGGAUUUAGUUACUUUUUGAACCUAUACUGUGGGUUUAAUUACUUUUUGAACCUUUACUGUGGAUUUAGUUACUUUUUGAACCUUUGCUAUGGGUUUAGUGACUUUUUGAACCUUUACUGUCGGGUUAGUUACUUUUCUUACCUUUACUGUUUGUUUAGUUACUUUUUGAACCAUUACUGUGGGUUUAGUUACUUUUUGAAGCUUCACUGUGGGUUUAUUUACAUUUUUUACCUUUACUGUGGAUUUAGUUACUUUUUGAACCUUUACUGUGGAUUUAGUUACACUUUUUACCUUUACUGUGGAUUUAGUUACUUUUUGAACCUUUACUGUGGGUUUUGUUACUUUUUGAACCUUUACUAUGGGUUUAGUUACUUUUAGAACCUUUACUGUGGAUUUAGUUACCCUUGAACCUUUACUGUGGAUUUAGUUACUUUUUGAGCCUUUACUGUGGGUUUAGUUACUUUUUGAACCUUUACUGUGGGUUUAGUUACGUAAUGAACCUUUACUGUGUGUUUAGUUACUUUUUGAACCUUUACUGUGGAUUUAGUGACAUUUUUUACCUUUACUGUGGGUUUAGUUACUUUUUGAACCUUUACUGUGGGUUUAGUUACUUUAUGAACCUUUACUGUGGGUUUAGUUAGUUUUUGAACCUUUACUGUGGAUUUAGUUACAUUUUUUACCUGUACUGUGGAUUUAGUUACUUUUUGAACCUAUACUGUGGGUUUAAUUACUUUUUGAACCUUUACUGUAAAUUUAGUUACUUUUUGAACCUUUAUUGUGGGUUUAGUUACUUUAUGAACCUUUACUGUGGCUUUAGUUACUUUUUGAACCUUUUCUGUGGAUUUAGUUACUUUUUGAACCUUUACUGUGGGUUUAGUUACUUUAUGAACCUUUACUGUGUGUUUAGUAACUUUUUGAACCUAUACUGUGGGUUUAAUUACUUUUUGAACCUUUACUGUGGAUUUAGUUACUUUUUGAACCUGUACUGUGGGUUUAGUUACUUUUUGAACCUUUACUGUGGGUUUAGUUACUUUUUGAACCUUUACUGUGGGUUUAGUUACUUUUUGAACCUUUACUGUGGAUUUAGUUACAUUUUGAACCUUUACUGUGGGGUUAGUUACUUUUUGGACCUUUACUGUGGCUUUAGUUACUUUUUGAACCUUUACUAUGGGUUUAGUUACUUUUUGAACCUUUACUGUGGAUUCAGUGACAUUUUAUACCUUUACUGUGGGUUUAGUUACUUUUUGAACCUUACUGUGGGUUUAGUUAGUUUUUUAACCUUUACUGUGGGUUUAGUUAGUUUUUGAACCUUUACUAUGGAUUUAGUCUCUCUCUCUCUGAGCUGUUGCUCCACUCUCCGUCUGAGGACCAUCUCCCUCGGCUCUGGGGCCUCCUCCCUUACCCGUAUCCAUGGUGACAUGCUCCACAACAGGAAACAGAGCUGGGGAUUCCGUCACUAAACUGGGAACGUUGACGGCAGGCAGCAAGUCCAACCUCCCAACGGAGAAAAUACGAAUGAAGAGCUUUAUUCCUUAAAACUAUCAGAAUAAAAACUGAAAAGUUGUUCUGUUUUCCAGAUGACACCACAUUCCUCAGACCCUGUUUCCCUCUCAGUGUGUGUGUGUGUGUGUGUGUGUGUGUGUGUGUGUGUGUGUGUUUUAAUCUGCUCCUUGCGUUGACUAGUUUCUAUCGUUGUUCGUGAAGCAACAGUGACAGAGGAGCUGAGGGCCCUCAGAGGGUUGCAGGUUCGAGUGCCGCUCAGUCUGCUUUAGUGCUGUUGGGCAGGACACUUCCCCCUCCUUACCUGCUGGUGGUGGUCAGAGAGCAGUGUGUUUCAGGGCAGCUGUAGCUACGAUGCAGCUCACCACCACCAGUGUGUGAAUGGGUGUGUUGUAAAGUGCCUUGGGGGGUUGUAGAUGCAAACACAGGACGUGCCAGUGCAGUGAGCCCCUCUAACCCUGACAUGUUUGUUCUGCGAGGGUCAGAAAGUUUUUACGGAUGAUCCUGGACCCACUAAGUUCUGGCUCUGGUUCCUGAUGUGUCCACUGAGCGGCACCAGACCCAGAUGUUAAAGCUACAGAAUUCAGAAGCUGAUUGACACCUGAGCUCAGGUGUUUACACCCCUGGCCCGGUCCGGCCUGGUUCUGGCCCAGCAGAACAAAAUGAAUAUACAAGCAGUGGCCAGGCUCAUGUCCUGUGACGGAACCUCUGAUCGGGUUUCACCAGAACCAUCAGGGUCUGGAACAGGGCCGGGACAAGGAUAGGGACCAGUAAUUCUCUGCCAGGGACCGGGUCUGGACCUGAGACCCGCAGGCAGCAGCUGGAGCUCCAUGAAGGUUCUCACCUCAGAGCCAAAUAUCCAGGUUCUGGUGUUUGGGUCGGAUGAUUUUGGACUGAACCGGAAAUAGAAAAAGAGUUUCAGGGACGUUAAACAAGCUGAAGGAUCCCUUCAGAUCAGAGGGUCUUUAUGGUUCUGGAGCAGGUCCCAGUCCUACCAGGACCCACCGGAUCUAACCCAGAACCAGAACUGAAACGGUGUCUGGAACCUCCGGAAGGAGUCCGGCUCCGACCCGCCCCGGGAUUCCCUGAUUGGCCCCUCCGCCUCAGGAGUCAGAGGAUCUCCUCCGGACCCAUCUGGAGGUCGGGAAUGUGGAUGCUGCGUCAGCGCGCGGAGGGCGGCGCGUGCGCGCCGAGGUGAUCCCCGCGUUUAAAAGCGCCGCAGAUCUCAGUGCGUCACAGCGACCCAGUAGAACCAGAACCGCUCCGAACAAAGCUCGUUCGAGUUUUCUCCUGCUUUGGAUCCGGUUCGCUUCGUCUUGGACGGAACCGGCGGCUCGGUUCGGACCGUUCGCACCAGCUGGGAGGAUUUAUGGAGCGGGACUCUGUUCGGUCCAUCUGAACUUUCUCUGCUCGGAGGACAACAUGAAGUCUGCAGAAGAAGAUGCCUUUGGCUACACUCCCAACGUCAGUCUCCCCCUCCCGCUGGGGAACCCGUGCCUCCCCUCCCAGUACCACAGCCUCCAGUCCAGCCCCUCCAUCUCGGUGUCCGUUGCCGAGCCUCAGGUGUUUGAGUCUCAGGAUGAAAUCCAAGCAGCUGGAUUUUAUUCUGCUGUUCGUCCCAACGGCGCCCCGACCUUAGAGAGCCCCCGCAUCGAGAUCACAGCUUACGGUCAGUUUCCUGAGGAGGAGGUGGAGGAGAGCAGCCCUCCAACAGCCAAGCGAGUGAACUCCGUCGUGACCCUGAACCUCCCCAGUGCCGACGGUUACCGUGACCCCAGCUGCCUGAGUCCAGCCAGCAGCGUCUCUGACGCCUCCUACGAGUCCAGCUUUUCCUACAACUAUGACAACUCACCGCAGAACUCCCCUUGGCAGUCCCCCUCUGUGUCCCCCAAAGGCUCCACCCUUACCCUGCCAGGCGAGGGCGGAGCCUCUGUCAGCUCCCCUCAGCACUCCCCCUCCGCCUCCCCUCGUACCAUUGUAACAGAUGACUCCUGGAUGGGCCCCCGAGUCUCCAGGCCCAACUCCCCUUGUGGAGCCAAGAGGAAGUACAGUUUCAACGGCAGCGACGCCUCCCGCAGGAGCUUCCCGUACUCCCCCAAUAACUCCCCCUCCCCUCAGACCUCCCCCCGCCUCAGCGUGACAGACGAGAACUGGAUGCCAAACACCAAUCAGUACACCAACUCCGCCAUCCUGGCAGCCAUCAAUGCCCUCACCACGGACGGAGUGACCGACCUUGGAGAGGGGAUCCCCAUAAAGGCCCGGAAAACCAGCCUGGACCACAGCCCCACGGUGAGCCUGAAGGUGGAGCCCAGAGGAGACGAGCUGAGUCCCAACCGAGUGGCGCUCAAGAGGGAAGGUUUUGGUGGGGGCUUCCUGGACGUUCCCCAGCACUCGUUCUCCUGGCCCAAGCCGAAGCCGUACGCCAGCCCGUCCCAGCCAGCUCUGGACUGGCAGCUGCCGUCCAGUUCUGGUCCCUACAGCCUGCAGAUCGAGGUCCAGCCCAAGUCCCACCACCGGGCCCACUACGAGACGGAGGGCAGUCGGGGGGCGGUGAAGGCUCUGGCAGGGGGACACCCAGUGGUCCAGCUCCACGGCUACAUGGAGAACGAACCUCUGACAUUGCAGCUGUUCAUCGGAACCGCAGACGACCGGCUGCUGAGACCCCACGCCUUCUACCAGGUCCACCGCAUCACGGGGAAGACUGUGUCCACACCGAGCCACGAGGUCCUCCACAACAACACCAAGGUUCUGGAGAUCCCUCUGCUGCCGGAAAACAACAUGCGGGCCAUAAUCGACUGCGCAGGAAUCCUGAAGCUGCGUAACUCCGACAUCGAGCUGAGGAAGGGCGAGACGGACAUCGGGCGGAAGAACACGCGUGUGCGGAUGGUUUUCCGGGUCCAUCUCACCCAGACCACCGGCAGGACCGUGUCUCUGCAGGCUGCGUCCAACCCCAUCGAGUGCUCCCAGAGGUCGGCCCAGGAGCUGCCGCUGGUGGACAAGCAGAGCCUGGAGACGGGUCCGGCCUGCGGGGGGGACAGGAUGCUUCUGGACGGGCACAACUUCCAGCUCGACUCCAAGGUGGUGUUUGUGGAGAAGGCCCAAGAUGGUCACCACCUCUGGGAGACCGAGGCCAAAGUGGAGCGAGAUGCAUCGAAGCCUAACUCGGUGCUGGUUGAAAUCCCUCCGUACCGAAAUCAGCGCCUCUCUACCCCCGUCCACGUCAACUUCUACGUCUGCAACGGCAAGAGGAAACGAAGCCAGUAUCAGCGCUUCACCUACGUUCCUGCCACAGUUCCAACGAUAAAGACGGAACCACACGACGACUAUGAUGUUCCUCUGAUGUGCACUCACCACGGCUCUGGCCUGGCCCUGCACCCAAAACCCUUUUACCUCCCGUCGGCCGUGACCCCUAUGAUCUCCGGCCUCCAAGCUGUUGUGGGCGGGGCUUACUCUGCCAGCCAGCAGACGCCAACCCCCAAGCCCAUCUCACUGACCCCCACCUCUCCGAGCACGAGCCCCAAACUGCAGGACCUGUCACCGCCACCCUUCUCCAAGUGUCCCCCGGAGCCUCAGGCCCCUCAGGUCUCCAUCAUCCAGGAGACUCCAGGGCGUUACCAGCCCCCCGGCUUUUUUCCACCCAGCAGCUCAUCCUCCCCUGCGGCCUCGCAGCCCUCCACCCCAACCGAGGUCCCCUUCUCCUCGCCGCAUGGCGUUACUCCGCCCCAUUCGGUCAGCGGCUGCACGAGUUCCGCUUCCCAGCAGCUUUCCAAAGUGCCGGAAAGCGACCGGUCUUCCCUGCAGGAGGACAACAGCCCCCCCAUGCAGGCUGUCAGCAUCAAACAAGAACCACAAGAACUGGACCAGAUGUACCUGGAUGAUGUCAAUGAGAUCAUCAGGAACGACCUGUCCAGCAUCUCCGUCCACAGCCAUGCGUAGCUCCGCCUCCACGCCAGCUCGACGGUAGCGGGAAUCCUGAAGGGAAAUCAUUUUGACACGAUGCUUCACGGCAGGAAGCAGCAAGAGGAAAUGUAAAUGUUGAUUCCAGAUGUUCAGGGUCCAACGCACACAUGCCUCCAGGUUUAUUAACCACGCCUUUUAUGUAAAAACAAUCCAGGGGAAGGAUGUGUUGCUCCGCCCUUCAGCGAGGGCUCCGCCCCUCGGCGAGGACCAGUGCCUGCCAGAUGUUUAUAUAAUAUUCAAUCAGCUGACUUUAGCUCCAGAUCCAGCUGUUUAUAGAGAAAAGUGCCUUUUUGACUGGAAAACUAAACGAGUUUCUUUGAGACUAACGGAGUUCUGAGUUUACACGUCGAGUUUCAGACAAUCGGUUUGGUUUUUAGUGAAAGUCAAACAACUUUUAGGUGUUUCACAACUCGGAUUCUGCUAUGAAAGUAAAGAAAACUGGAGCCAAACUCUAACAUGGAACUUUAAUCUGUAAUUUCUGGUUUUAGCCUCCAUUUCUAAUCUGUUAUUUAUUUGUUCUUAAUGGAUUCUGCAGCGCAGAACAACUUUCUGACCGUGUUUACAUUCAAAAGCCAAAGAAACAUCAGAGAAACGGCCAAUCAGGGCCGACCUGGAGCAAAACCAGAACCCGGUCUGAGGAUCUACGGGAACGUUUUCCCACUUCUGAAAGGAAAGGUUACAUUUAUUUAUUUACGAGAAGCAAAAGAUGAAACCAGAUUAAAGUAGCAACAACAACAAAAACAAUAACACCUGUUUAUGUUGAACUGAUUAUUAAAAUGUUGGUUUUUUAACGCAAGACCAGAAGCCUGUCAAUCACAGUGUAGCUCCGCCUCCAGGAUUUGUUCACAUUUGUUCUCAAAAAUGAUAAAAAACAAAUCAUGUGUCACAGAUGAACAGAGGCCGGGGCGCGCCCCCUGCUGGCUACUUGAUAGAAUGCAGGUUCGGUUUAUGACAUCAUUGCUAAUAAACACAAACUCUGAAUUAGAAGGAGCCUUGCAGACAGACCAAUCAGAUUAACUUUAACAGAAUCACUGAAGGUGAAAUACUUUAUUUUUUAUCAGUGACUAAACAAAGAACCGAUCUCUGGAGCUUUCAGAUGAUUUCAGUGUAAAUAUUUUGUUUAACGUUAAAAUUGUUUACAUUUGAUUACAUUUAUUUGAACAGAUCAGUCAACUCUGGGAGCGUUUAAUAAACAAGUAGGAUUUCACCUGCAAACAGCUGAUUCAGAACCUGAAAAACCACCUGCACCAAGUUUCAAAUGUGAAAGAGCUCAGAGUUAGCUUCUGCCAUCGAGAUCCUGCAGCAGGGUUGUAUGUCUGCUGCAGCAGCAGGGUUGUGUGUCUAAAGCAGCAGGGUUGUGUGUCUGCAGCAGCAGCAGCAGGGUUGUGUGUCUGCAGCAGCUGCAGGGUUGUGUGUCUGCAGCAGCAGCAGGGUUGUGUGUCUGCAGCAGCAGCAGCAGGGUUGUGUGUCUGCAGCAGCUGCAGGGUUGUGUGUCUGCAGCUGCAGCAGGGUUGUAUGUCUGCAGCUGCAGCAGGGUUGUGUGUCUGCAGCAGCAGCAGGGUUGUGUGUCUGCAGCAGCUGCAGGGUUGUGUGUCUGCAGCAGCAGCAGGGUUGUGUGUCUGCAGCAGCUGCAGGGUUGUGUGUCUGCAGCAGCAGCAGCAGGGUUGUGUGUCUGCAGCAGCUGCAGGGUUGUGUGUCUAAAGCAGCAGCAGGGUUGUGUGUCUGCAGCAGCAGCAACAGCAGGGUUGUAUGUCUGCAGCUGUAGCAGGGUUGUGUGUCUGCAGCAGCAGCAGCAGGGUUGUGUGUCUGCAGCAGCUGCAGGGUUGUGUGUCUGCAGCAGCAGCAGGGUUGUGUGUCUGCAGCUGCAGCAGCAGCAGGGUUGUGUGUCUGUAGCAGCAGCAGGGUUGUGUGUCUGCAGCUGCAGCAGCAGGGUUGUCUGUCUGCAGCUGCAGCAGCAGGGUUGUGUGUCUGCAGCAGCUGCAGCAGGGUUGUGUGUCUGCAGCAGCAGCAGGGUUGUGUGUCUGCAGCAGCAGCAGCAGGGUUGUGUGUCUGCAGCAGCAGCAGCAGGGUUGUGUGUCUGCAGCAGCUGCAGGGUUGUGUGUCUGCAGCUGCAGCAGGGUUGUAUGUCUGCAGCUGCAGCAGGGUUGUGUGUCUGCAGCAGCAGCAGCAGGGUUGUGUGUCUGCAGCAGCUGCAGGGUUGUGUGUCUGCAGCAGCAGCAGGGUUGUGUGUCUGCAGCUGCAGGGUUGUGUGUCUGCAGCUGCAGCUGCAGGGUUGUGUGUCUGCAGCAGCUGCAGGGUUGUGUGUCUGCAGCAGCAGCAGGGUUGUGUGUCUGCAGCUGCAGCAGGGUUGUAUGUCUGCAGCUGCAGCAGGGUUGUGUGUCUGCAGCAGCAGCAGGGUUGUGUGUCUGCAGCAGCUGCAGGGUUGUGUGUCUGCAGCAGCAGCAGGGUUGUGUGUCUGCAGCUGCAGGGUUGUGUGUCUGCAGCUGCAGCUGCAGGGUUGUGUGUCUGCAGCAGCAGCAGGGUUGUGUGUCUGCAGCAGCAGCAGGGUUGUGUGUCUGCAGCAGCAGCAGCAGGGUUGUGUGUCUGCAGCAGGUUUAAAUGAUCAGUCUGUUUUCUCUGAUUUGCAUCCAUGAGUUCGGAACUCUCUCACUUUUAAGAAUUCCAACAAAACAAAACAAACUUUGUUGCUUUAACGAUGAAAAUCUCCGAAACUCCGACCAGAAAACUUUCAGACUCAUCUUUUUAUUUUGUCCUAAAGAAUCAAACGUUUAACUCGGAGGAGCCUCAGAUUGUUUUCCAGGCUGCAGAGUUGGAGAUUUUUUUAUGAUUGUGAUGAAAUAAUCUAACCCCCCCCCCCCCCCCCCACGCUGUAACUGCUUGUUUUUAUAUUGUUUGUAUUUAUUCUCCUGGCUUGUUUAUGUUUAUCAAACAGCUUCUGUUCUAUUUCUGUAUUUAUGUCUGUUUUUUUCUUUUUGUCAAUAAAAUCCUCUUCAUCUGUC